GUGGAAGUGGUUCGAAAAUAGACAGUAACUCGAAUUGUGCUUUGUAUAACUUUACAGACAAAUUUCAUGUGCUUUUGCAUUACACUACUGUGAUAAGGCUAUUUCUAAUGUCAACUUUAGAUGCUUGCUAUUCUAGACACUGACAGCAGAUGGCGCUAAAAACAUAGGUAAAUAUGACGCCACGGGCCGGCCGUCAUGGCCUUCCAUUGCAAGCUCUGCUGUCAUUUGUUACAUUUCGACCAAUGAACUUGCCUCAAGUCCCGACAGACGUCUGGAUAAACCAAUGAACGUAUUAGGUGACUUCACACGUGCAGAAGUGACCAAUUGGGAACGACUAUCGGAUGAAUGUUGUAACGACUUCCUGCUUUCCCAGGUGCUGUUUAUGUGCGCGCGUUGUUUUGUUGCCACAGACAUAGGAAAGUAAACGGCUCAAAGAAAAUCUAAGGAAUAAUAACCGUCAGCUAUCAGUACCAACCUUGGACGUAUUUCUGUUGAAAACCAGAUUCUAGUGACGGUGGAGCCGGUGGCUUGUCUUAACGAUGGGCUUGCUGACAAUACUCAAGAAGAUGAAACACAAGGAGCGCGAGAUGCGACUGUUGAUGCUAGGUCUGGACAAUGCCGGAAAAACGACAAUUUUGAAGAAGUUGAACGGAGAAGACUUGAGUACCAUCUCUCCCACGCUGGGGUUUAACAUCAAGACCCUGGAACACAGAGGGUUCAAGCUGAACAUGUGGGAUGUGGGUGGUCAGAAAUCUCUGCGUUCCUAUUGGAGGAACUACUUUGAGAGCACGGAUGGGUUGGUGUGGGUGGUGGACAGCGCUGACCGUCUCAGGAUGGAAGACUGCAGACGGGAGCUGGCAUGCCUGCUACAGGAGGAGAGGCUGGGUGGAGCCACACUGCUGGUGUUCGCCAACAAACAGGACCUCCCCGGGGCCCUGAGCAAAGAGACCAUACGAGAGGCCCUGGGCUUGGACGAGAUCCUGACCCACCACUGGUGCAUUCUGGGAUGCAGUGCGAUGACUGGAGAGAACCUGCUGAAAGGGGUGGACUGGCUUCUGGAUGACAUCGCUGCUCGUGUCUUCAAUGCCGACUGACCGAGGGUGUGUGUGUAUUGGGGGGGUGGGGGAGA